AUGAAAAUUCAGAGUGAGAAAUUCAGAGAUUCACGUGAAAAUGAAAAUUCAGAGCAACGCAAUCAACGUCUUCGUGCAAAUGCAUUAAGACAGCGAGAGAUACGCCAACGAGCGACCAACGAAAACAGAGAACGUAACCAACGGCGAAUGCAAGAUAAUCGAGCAUUGAUACGAGCAUCACUUAAUCGUCUUGCGUUUGAAUAUGAUCCUGAAAUAGACUAUUCGUCACAUGCAUUAAUCUUAAUCGGUAGUAUGGACAACAAGUGUCAAUACUGUCAUGCUUUAAAGUACAAAGGUGAAUCAGCUGGUUUAUGUUGCGCAUCUGGAAAAAUUUCACUUCGACCGUUAAAUCCACCACCGGAAUCUUUGAAAACAUUAUUAGCUGGAGCCACAUCUCAGUCAAAAUUGUUUUUGCGGAAAAUUCGUAAAUUCAAUUCUUGCUUUCAAAUGACAUCAUUUGGAACAACAAAAAUUCUUCAUAAUGAGGAUGGUCAUAAUUUUGAAUCUACAUUUAAGAUUCAAGGUCAAGUGUACCACCAAAUUGUUUCAUUGCUUCCAAUGCCUAAUGUCGAUCCAAAAUUCUUACAAAUUUACUUUAUGGGCGAUGAGGAGCUACAAACUCAUACACGGUGCGUAUACAACCAUAUAGAGCAGAUGGAGGAACGAGAAAUUGUGAACAUUUUGGAAACGUUCUUGCACAACCAUAACCAUUUGAUGCGAUUGUUCAAGACUCUUUCCAACAAACUGCAAAACGACAACUACGGCAUUGUUAUUAAAGCAGACAAAGUGCCCUAUGGAAAGUACGCAGGCACAUAUAAUGUUCCAACUGUUAAUGAAGUUGCAGUUGUUAUGGCUGGUAACCCAUGUGAACGUCGAGAUAUUCGCAUACAACGCAGAGAUAAUACAAUACAAAUAAUUCAAGACAAUCAUCGUUCUUACGACGCACUGCAAUAUCCGUUGAUAUUUUGGGAAGGAGAAGAUGGAUAUCAUUUAAAUAUUAAACAAAGGAAUCCAACAACAGGUGAAGAACUAAUCAAGAAAGUUAGUGCGAUGAACUUCUACGCAUACCGGUUGAUGAUUCGUGAAAAUGAAGAUAAUAACAUUCUCCGAUGCAGACAGCUAUUUCAUCAGUACAUUGUUGAUAUGUAUGUAAAAAUCGAAAGUGAGAGAUUGCGUUAUAUAAAAUUUAAUCAAGCGAAACUUCGUUCUGAAGAGUACAUUCAUUUGCGUGACGCCAUAAUCGGUAACGUAGAUGCAACGAAUGAUAUCAACAACAUCGGUACCGCAUAUAUUCUUCCAUCAUCAUACAUUGGUAGUCCGCGUCAUAUGCAAGAAUAUAUUCAAGACGCCAUGACUUACGUACGCGCAUACGGCCGACCAGAUCUUUUUAUCACAUUUACGUGUAAUCCAAACUGGGAUGAAAUUAAAAAUUUGCUGUUAUCAGGUCAAACAUCGAUGCAUCGCCAUGAUAUCAUUGCACGUGUGUUCAAACAAAAAUUGAAAUCUCUGAUGAAAUUGAUUACACAUCACUCGGUAUUUGGUGAAACACGAUGUUGGCUUUAUUCUGUUGAAUGGCAAAAACGAGGUUUACCUCAUGCGCAUAUUUUGAUUUGGUUGGUGGACAAAGUACGCCCAGAAGAAAUUGACAAAAUUAUUUCAGCGGAAAUUCCAAAUCCGAAUGUUGAUCAAGAAUUGUUUGACAUUGUGACUACUAAUAUGAUCCAUGGUCCAUGUGGUUCUCUCAACAUGACGUCACCAUGUAUGGAUAAUGGAAAAUGUACGAAACGUUUUCCUAAACCAUGUCAAACUGACACUAUCACCAAUAUCGAUGGUUAUCCAUCUUACCGUCGUAGAGAUGUAGACAAUGGCGGUCAAUCAUAUGAAUUGCGUCUAUCAAACGGUGUAAGAGUUGACAUCGAUAAUCGCUGGGUGGUUCCAUACUCACCAUUGCUGUGCAAAACCUAUAAAGCACACAUAAACGUUGAGUUAUGCAGUUCGGUGAAGUCUAUCAAGUACAUUUGUAAGUACGUUCAUAAGGGCAGUGAUAAAGCUAUAUUUGCUGUUCAAAAUGUAAAUAAGAAUGACGAAAUAACACAUUAUCAAAUGGGACGAUACAUAAGUAGUAAUGAAGCUAUUUGGCGAAUUUUUACAUUUCCUAUACAUGAAAGGGAUCCUGCUGUUGUACAUUUGGCUGUGCAUCUUGAAAAUGGACAGCGUGUUUAUUUCACAGAACAGAAUGCACUAACAACAAGCUUUAAAAACUCCAGAAACAACUCUUACUGA